AGUGACGCACCCGGAAGUAACGUGGUAAAGAAGAGAGGUCACUUUGCUUCUGUUUUGUAAUGUUUUGAUUCAGCAACACUGCUGAUAAUUAUGGAAGCAACCAAAUCAGAGGAGCCUUUCCUGAGGCAUGUGGAGACGGAUGUACUCAUCCCCAAGAUGAUGAGGGAGAAGGCCAAGGAGCUCUGUGCUGAAAAGGUUACAGCGUUCAACCACUGUUGUAAAGAGACUGGUUUCCUGAUGGUGGUCAAGUGUCGGGAUCAGAACGCUGCCCUGAAGGAGUGUCUGACCGUACACUACAGAGACUCAGCGUUCUUCGAGGAGUGCAAGCAGGAGUACAUCAAGGAGAAGCUGGAGUUCCAGAGGACAGGGGUGGCAGCUAAGAACCGCUCACAAAAACUACCAACCAGCAUGUAGGUUCCAAAUUGACCCCUGACCCCCCUGAACAUGUUGCUUCCACCUGUCCAAUCCUCUCAGAUCUACAGGAUUGGUUCGGUAGCAGGGGCUAGGGGUCACGGAGGGUGGCAGGGGGAGUGAGGGCUACUCACAGGGCUUUACAGUGUGUGUAUUGUACAUCCGGUUUGGGAUGCUCAUUGCCCCAACGGGAGGAACUAGAUCAACGAAGGGGCAGGAGACAGGAGGACAUCCUAGGCCCUAAGUGACCUGUGUAACGACUACGAGGCAGGUUGGCAAGGUGUGUCUAAAGGCCUCCGUUCACCUGUAUGUAGGGAAAAGGAAUCUCUUACAGAUACGUGUCCUCAACAGAGUCUCUCUGGUUGAUCUGAUCUCACCGCCAUGAUGGAAAAUCACACUGUUCCUCCUAUUUCAGAAUGAUCAAUAAAGUUUUGUUGUUGAUGCUGUCUUUCUGCUCUGCAGUUUGUAUAUUUAUGAAGAAUUAUUUCUGUCAAUGCUUUGGAAGCGUUUUCAUGUUGAGUUUGUUAGCAACCAAUACUGUCCAAAGUGAGAUUGAUUCCAAGGAUAUAAGACCUGUCCAAAGUACAUGAAUAAUAUUCAAGGUGUUGACAUCCCAAACAUCCUCCACUAUGAGAAUGUUCCGGAAGGUUCGUAAUUAUACACAAGAUUGAUACUGCAUAGAGGCUCUGUCCCGUAAUUAGAAUUCACCGGUGAGUUGCCGUAACUACUGGUGUGAUGACCGGUGAAGCAUUAUGGGUAGAGUUGUUGUUAAAAAAAGGUCUGAUUUUUAAUAUAACAUUUGACUUGACAUUGUGUUAACGUACAUAUAAAUAAAGACAAACAGAUCUUCUA